UAAUCCAUUUUCAUAUAGUAUCUCUCCAGCCUCAAGCCAUAGCACAUUUUCAAAUUCAUUUCCCUAAACCUCUGCCUCCUUUCAUCGCUUGUUUCUUAGUUUCUAGACAUGGGAAAGUUAGUCUGGUUGCAUCAAAUUCUUAGUCUCCUCUUAGUACAAUUCUUACUUUCCGGAGUCGAUUGUUCUCUAAGUUUGUCUUCCUCUUCUCUUAAUUCUUCAACCCCUUUAUGUCUACCAGAAGAGAGCUCUGCCUUGCUCCAAUUCAAGACCAUUUCCAGUGAUGAUUCUGGUGCUGAUUUGUGUCCUUACCUUUUAACUUCUUAUCCAAAAACAAACUUCUGGAAUGAAAGCACAAACUGCUGCUCAUGGGAUGGAGUCACUUGCGACAAGGUGAAUGGUCAUGUCACCGGCCUCAACCUUAGUUGCUCUUUUCUUGGUGGCUCUAUUCCUGAAAACAGCACUCUUUUUCGCCUUCAAGGACUCAAACGACUCAACCUUGCUUACAACUUUUUCGAGGGUUCUAUCCCUUCUGGCUUUAGUCAGUUAGUAAGUUUGACACAUCUUAAUCUUUCUGGUUGUCGCUUCUCUGGUUUAGUUCCAUUUGAUAUUUCUCUGCUAUCGAAACUGAUUUCACUUGAUCUUUCUGGCAAUGGUUUUGAGGACUUGAAAUUUGACCGCCACAGUUUUGACAUGCUUAUGCAUAACUUGUCUGAAUUAGAAAAUCUUUUCCUUGACACUAUAAAUAUGUCUGAUGUUUUGCCCUCCUCCUUGAUAAACUUGACUUCAUCUCUGAAGCGUUUGGAUCUCGGUGCAUGUGAAUUACAGGGGGAAUUCCCUGCUGAAAUUUUUAACCUUCCGUACCUCGAGUAUCUUGAUCUAAGCGGGAACCAUAAUUUGACAGGUUAUCUCCCUAUAUCAAAUUGGAGUAGUCCCCUUAGGUUGUUGUGCCUUUCGGAUAGUGGUUUUAAAGGGUCAAUUCCUUCGGCCCUAGGUAACCUCACAAAAAUCACAUUUCUAGAUUUAUCUUCAAGCAACUUCGAAGGAAAACUUCCAAAUGUCUUUGGAAACCUUAAUAAACUCACUACUUUGGAUUUCUCUUCUUGUCAUGUCAAUGGUCAACUUCCCUCAACGUUGUUCAAUCUCACGCAACUUACUUAUUUAGAUUUAUCAUUCAAUAGUCUCGAGGGCCCCCUCCCAACUCAAGUGAGCCGGCUUCAGAAUCUGGAAGAAUUUUGGUUGACUGAUAACUUAUUGAGUGGAGCAAUUCCAUCUUGGCUUUUUACUCUGCCAUCUUUAGAAUAUUUAGAGCUUAGUCGUAACAGGCUUACCGGUCCAAUCAAUCAGAUUCAAAAGCCUAAUUCAGUUCAGCAAGUGUUUUUGGCCAAUAAUGACAUACAUGGUGAAAUACCAAGUUCUUUCUUUGGUCUUGCAAAUCUUGCCCAACUUGAUCUUUCAUCAAACAACUUGACUGGCGUCAUCAAGUCAGCUAAGUUUUCAAAGCUUGGGAAUCUUGAAAAACUCGAUCUUUCAUCAAAUAAUUUUAGUGGCGUCAUCAAGUUAGAUUUGCUUUCAAAGCUCAAGAAUCUUACAACACUUGAUCUUUCAAAUAACAGGCUGCUAUCUUUGAGUAGCAGCAAUGGUGUUAACUAUUCUUUUCUAGAGCUCGACACUUUAUCAUUCUCUUCUUGCAAUGUAAGGCGGUUCCCAAAUUUCUUAAGAACAGCAAAGAACUUGAGAGUCCUUGAUCUUUCUUGUAACAAAAUUCAUGGCUCAAUUUCCAAAUGGGAAUCACAAGGGUGGGAAGAAUUGUCCAGUUUAAACCUUUCUCACAACUCACUGAUUAGUUUAGAGCAAUUUCCAGGGAAGAAUCUUGAAAUCCUUGAUCUUCGUUCCAACAUACUGCAAGGUCCUCUUCCAGCUCCACCACCUUCAUUGCAACGAUUCUUUGUUUCAGAAAACAAAUUGACAGGAAAAAUUCCUCCUUGGAUUUGUAAUAUGACUUCACUUGAGAUUCUUGAUUUGUCCAGAAAUAACUUGGGUGGAACUAUCCCAGCGUGCCUUGGAAACAUAACCCGUUUUCGAUUAACCAUAAACCUACAGAUGAACAAUUUUCAUGGCAAAAUCCCCGAUUGCUUUGUUUGGGGUACUCGUUUGACAAAUCUUGCCCUUAAUGACAACCAAUUGGAAGGGUUAUUGCCACGAUCCUUGAUUAAUUGUACUUUUUUGGGAUUUCUAAAUUUGGCAAAUAACAAGUUAAGUGAUACCUUUCCCCAUUGGUUGGAUAAACUUCCGAGGCUGCAAUUUCUUAUCCUGCGCCACAAUAGAUUUCAUGGUCCCCUCAACAUUUCCAUAGUUCCAUCUUCCUUUUCAUUAGUUCCAUCUUCCUUUUCAUUAUUGAAAGUAAUUGAUCUCUCUCAAAAUGAGUUCGGUGGCCUCUUGCCAACAAAACUCUUCCAAAGUUUGAAAGCUAUGAAAGCUGUGUCUACUAUAUCUUUAUAUAAUUCGAUGUCGCCAAUCCAUCUUCUCAGACGAGAUGAUAGUUUUGUGAAAGUAACAAUGAAAAGGUUGGAGAUAGAGCUAGAGCUGGCGAAAACAUUCCCGGAUUUCACACUCGUAGAUUUUUCAAACAAUGGAUUUUAUGGACGAAUCCCUGAUGCACUUGGCGAACUUCAUGCUCUUAUAGUGCUCAAUCUGUCGCACAACAACCUAACUGGUCCCAUCCCAUCGUCAUUUGGAAGUAUGGCAGCAAUUGAAUCAUUAGAUCUCUCGUGGAACAAGCUUGGUGGCAGGAUUCCUUCCCAAUUGACAAAUCUGACAUUUCUGGAAGUGUUAAACCUGUCACAAAAUAAUCUUGUCGGACCCAUCCCGCAUGGGAAUCAAUUUGAUACUUUUGACAAUGAUUCCUAUAGCGGCAACUUGGCAUUGUGUGGCCUACCACUGUCAAUGAAAUGUGGCGACGAUAAGGGACCAAAACCACCUACACCAGUGUUUGUGGAAGAUGAAGUUUCGGCAAUACCCUUUAUUUGGAAACUUGCCAUGAUGGGCUAUGGAUGUGGAUUGGUGUUGGGAUUGAGCAUGGGAUACAUUGUUUUCACAACUGGGAGACCAUGGUGGUUUGUUAGAACGAUUGAGAGAGAUUGGCAGAAGAAUGUUACGAGGUGGAUUCGCAGGAAAGGAGGAAGAAGAAACUAACACUGCAUCCAAAAUACUCCAUGGCGGUCGAACUGAACUUGAGGAAGACAUGCACGCUGCUUCCAUAGGACCUGGCUGGAAAGUGCAUAUUUUCUAUCAUCUAUGUUAAUUUUCUAAUUUUCUGUGGCAAUGGUUCAAAUAAUUGGGUUGUUCAUUGAAAAUCUGAAUGGUUGAGCAACUCCAGUACUGUAAUUCAGUGUCAUUUUGCUUUCCUUGUUUAGCUCUGUUCAUAUGUGUCUUCAUAAUUUCUAAAUUUGUAUCUGUUGUGUUUUUUUGGGGCACUAUGUUCCUUUUUUUUCUUUUAGUGUUUUUCCAUAAGGUGUUAAUGAG